AAGAGGAGGUACGCCCUGUCACGAGACAGAAGAAGACGCCUCGACCGGCUCGGACGAGCACGACUCCAGGGACGCCAUGGACGCGCCCCCGGAACAGCCCAAAGAUUCACCUGAGGCCGAACAACCUGGGCCGAGCCCGAGCCAGGAAGGACGACGGCCGAGCCUCAAGGUUUUGGCGAUUGUGUUCUGCGUGGUCCUGGGCCUGGCGCUGGCGUUCGCCCUGGGAAGCCGCACGUCGUCUACGCCGCACGAAGGCGAGGUCGGCGUCAAGCCACCACCGCCGUCGCCAUCCGCUGUCGUCCGCCAGCCUCACGACGCCGCUGCCCCAGUAAAGCCGGAGCAGCGCGCGGCACCUGCAAACAGUCAAGUGGCAAAACAAAUGGCUGGCGACGGGGUAUACCGGACAGCGUACGUAAACGUUUCUGUGGACCACGUGGCAACUGGAGGCGCUCCUGCUGCCGAUGUUUCCAAGCCCGCAGGCCAUGCUGAAGAAACUCCCGGCCAAGGCGUUGCUGCCGGCCCGCUGUUCUGCGUGGUGUCGAACAGUGCCACGCACGCGGCCCAGUUCCCACGUGACGUGUGCACGCAUCUCAUUUACUCGGACGUCCACUACCUGGUCGACGAGGGAAAGUUCGUGCCCGUCAACAACAAGACGUUCUCGGCGCUAUUGCUGCUGGCAAGCGCCACACCGCAGCUAAAGAUCUUGGUCAGCGUCGGGGGCCCCACCAUUGACGAUAUGGAGCGCUCGCCACCGCUCUUCACUCGCUUCGUCAAAAGCGCCGCGGGCUGGCUGACGUCUCGCAGCAUGGCGGGCCUGGCAUUCAUCGAGUACGCAGCCUCGACAAACCGCAUCGCGGAGUACGCCGCUCCUCUGCAGUACCUACAUUCGAAGCUGUCUGAGAUGGGCCAGAAGAUUGUGUUUGGCGUUCUCAUCGAGGACUGGAGCGCACCCGUACAAACACUAGCCACCCAUCUGACCAGCAUUGCAGAGCAUGUGGACUACAUGUUCCUGCAGACGCACUACGAGAAGGAGGGCGAGAGGUGCCGCGUGGCCUUGCCUUCUGUGUACGCCGCAACCAACAACAGGACGGGCUCUGUUCCCAUCUCUGUCGUCAUGAACUGGAUAGAUGCCGUGCAAGCAAAUAGGGGCAAGCAUGCUACCAUGUGCUUCUCCAUCAGCAUGGCGGCCUUGCUCUACCGCUCGCACAAGGACUACAGCGCUCCAUGCGAUGACGUCAGUACCGUCAACUACAUGCAGAUCUGCGACCAGCCGCCGUGGCCUGCUGUAGUUGGCAACACUGGCCAGGCUUCUUUGGCGUACAUGGGGUCACAGGGCGAGCAAAUUGAGAGCCACGAGACGGCUGACCUGCUCGCCGUCAAGGUUUCCCGCGCCGUGUUGCAUCUACCCGGCGCGUGUGUGGCCGCGUUCGACGUGGACCACGACGACUACGAGGGAGUGUGCGGCGAGCCGUUUGCACGCCUGCGCGCCGUCCGCCAGGCACAACAGGCUGAUAAAUCUAGAGCUGGCCAAGGGCGUUCUUUGUCCGAAGAGAGGAACGAAGAAGAAGCCGAACCCGCCAAGCGAUGCAUGCCACGUGGAAAAGAGCACGAGCGCCCGCUGGUGUGCGUGCUGUCUGAACGGACGGAGAACGCGCGGACAGUCACGACCAGCUACUGCACCCACGUGGUCUUCUCGCUGCGGCAGUUUGGAAACGCUGAUCUUAGUGUUCUUCCAAACGGUUACCUGGCCCAGCUACAGGAGAGCGGCGUUCGCGUACUGGUGGCGGUACAUGAGAGACUGCUGCAACUUUCCUCGCUACGCGAAAGCGCCGAAGAUACCGCGCGCCAGCUGCGAGAACGCAAACUGGACGGCCUGGCGCUACUCUACGUUAGUCGUUCCACUCGGCAGCUGCCUUCGCUGGAGCGAAAGAUGAAGGAACUGCACGAUGUGUACCAGAAAAAUGGCUUGUGUGUACUGCUCAGCCUUCAGGUUGUCGACUAUGAUAAGCCAACAGCUUAUACAGGUGCCCUGCUGAACAGUCUGAACAAGUAUGUCGAUUUCCUUGUGGUGAACACACACUAUAGUGGAGACUAUGGCCCUUGCCGUGCCACACCUGCAUCAACCUUUAACCAACCAUUGUCCACAUGUAUACCACAGGUGCCUGUGAACCGUGCACUAGAGUGGAUGCACAAUGUCACUGGAGGGUCUCCGUACAUCUGCUUCUCUGUGGACAUGCGGGCUUUUGCCUACCACAUGUAUGGACCCAUGGUUAUGGAUCAAGUGUGCUACAGUGAGGAACACCUGCAUUAUGAACAGGUUUGCAGCAAAGAUGAAUGGAUAUACAAGCAGGACGACUACACUAUGACCAGUCUUGGCCAGCUGAGCAACAUUCUUCAUUCCUUUGAGACACCUUCAAGCCUCAUGAACAAGGUGGUUGCUGCUUCACUGAAUGUUCCGUCUAUUUGUGUGGCUGCUUUCAACUAUGACUAUGAAGAUUCCACAGGACGUUGCCAUGGGACUCCUUAUGCACGUAUGAAGGCGCUAAGGCAGUGGCUAGAUGAAAGUAAAACUGCAAAGAAAGGCAUGGCAAGAAUUCCAAAAGGUUUUGCAGAGUCUUCCGAGACAGAAGGCAACACAACAACAAGCAGCAGCCUUGAAGACUACCCUUCUGAGCGACCAUUGGUGUGCGUGAUCUCCAAGAAUGUUGAGCACGAAGCUGCUGUUCCCCAGGGAUACUGCACACAUCUAGUCUUCUCUGGUGCACUUUUUAACCAAGCUACACAGACCAUUGUUGUUCCAAGAGGAACUUGGCGCUGGAGGCAGUUACGCCGUGACAUGGCACUCUUUCUUGGUUUUGAUGAUAACAGCCUCAUUAGACACCUGAUCAAGUAUGGCUCCAAAGCAGGCCUGGCCUUUGGCACACUGGCAGCCCAAGUGCUGAGAGAGCAGGGUUUCAAUGGACUUGCUUUGCUGAAUGUGAACAGAACCUCUCGGAGCAUUGCCAAAUUGUCAGACGCCCUCGCUGUGAUUCAUGAGUUAUUUGGUAAUGACCUGCAAGUUGUGGUUAGCCUGGACAUUGUUGAUGUUGCUGCACCUCCAACUCUGAUGGCAGUUCGCCUUCGUGACAUCUUCAGGUUCAGCCAUUUGGUAGUAUUCCAGACCCACUACAGGCAGUCACUUGGGUAUUGUGAAGUGGCAUUGACAUCCACAUUUGAUAUACCAAACCAUUCUCCAACAGUUCCUGUGGACACUGCUCUGCGCUGGCUUGGACAAAUGGGUACUGGCAAGCAGGCAUGCUUCUCUGUGAACUUGGCCAUUAUUCAGUUCUCAGCCACAGGCAACUCGUAUCUUUGCCAACAGAGGAACAUUCUUAAUUAUGCCGAGGCUUGUGACACCAAAAACUGGGUUGAGGUGCGCCAACCUCGCGGUGCACUGUGCACUCUUCGGCAAAAGGGCAAGCUCUGGCAGGCAUACGAAACUGAAGAUCAACUCUCUGCUAAGGUUAGCAAAGCCUUCGAUCGCAACACAGGAGCAUGUAUUGCAUUGUUUAAUGUGGACUAUGAAAACUACAACAGUGCAUGCUUCCAGAAGUUCGGCCGAAUGACUUCAGUUGUGCAGAAUUACCUGAGCUACCAGCACCAGAGACCACGGCCAUUGAAACGUAGCGGACUAGUGAAGCUACCAUUCAAUAGAACACAGUCAUUAAAGAACAGCCAUCCGGAAUUAAUAAAAAAAGCCGUUGUACCUGGCCCAAGACUACCUCGGGGCAACCUCAUGUCUUUGCGUGUGCCCACCUCAAGUCGUCCACUGCUUUGUGUUCUUAGUGAAGAGUGGGCAAAUAUCGCUGAUGUUCCAGAACAUUACUGCUCACAUUUUGUUAUUGAUGUGGCACACCUGAAUUUCAAAACUGGCUUGACCAAAGACCCUAUAACAUUACUCAAAGAAAAAUUUGGCAAAAGACGUCAAUAUUUGGUGAAAGUGUCUAAAAUACCACUGCGGAAUGUCACACAGUAUGCUCAGGAGCUGUCGGCAUCCAUAUCAAAGCUGCAGUUGAACGGCAUUGCAGUGCUAAAUCAACACAUAGCCUCACCUCUUUUGUCCUUAUUUAAUGAAAGGCUCCAGCUUUUCAGGCGUUCAUUGAGGAAUGACCUAACCUUGGUUUUGGGUCUUGAGAUACCGGACUUUGAUGAGAAGCCAAGGGAGGUUGCCAAUCGGCUGGUGCCACUUACUAGGACAGCUGACAUCAUCAUCCUGCAAACACACUUUAGGCGUCUCUGGAAGUUUUGCCGCACGGCUUAUCCUUCCAUUGUCCAGGAGAGUAAUAACACAUGCCAGCAGUCAGUGCCUAUGUUGAAUGCGCUAAAAUGGGCCAAACUUGUGGAGACAAACAAACACGUGUGCCUUUCAGUCAACUUGGCCACCCUGCGGUUUCACUAUGUUGACAUCCCUGGCUCUGAUCUUCCGUGCACCAAGUCUCGAGAAAUAGCUAAUUACUGCGAAUCUGGCACAUGGAAUGAAUCCACUGAUGCACAGUUCUCCAUGAGUGCGAAUCGAUACAACGAUGGACAGUGGGAUGCCUUUGAAGAGGAGCUAUUGAUCAAAGCCAAGGUGGAAAAAAUAGAGGCUGCCCGUCCCAAGAGCUGCUGGGCUGUCUUCAACAUUGAUUAUGAUCGAGACACAGUAGCCUGCAGUGUGCACAAGGAGCGUUUUGCACGUCUCCAGUCGCUAGGCAAAGCAGCUGGCUACAACCCUGAUUGGAAGGACAGUAAUCAGACAGAUAAAGACAGCGCAGCAAGAGGUAGAAUCAGCACAGCACCUUAUAACAGAACACAGGCAGGAGGAUCCCUUCUCUGUCUGUUCAGUGGUGCCAUCUCUGAAGGCUUGCUGCCACCAGAAGGCCUAUGCACAGCUGCCAUCUACACCAGUGUCUCAUAUGAUGAAGUCAAGAAGGCCUUGGUUGUCAAAGAUGGAGACUCUCUGCAGCAUUUCUCGACACUAGCUCGGCAUCUACGACUGGUUGGUGCUGGAGUGGCACCAGGUGCUCUCAUGGCCAACAUGGCACGAGAUUUUGCACUUGAGAGCACAGCCUGGCUUCGUGUGAAGGGCUUCAACACACUGGCUGUUCUGACGGACCACUGGCCUCGCCCAGACAUGCUUAAUAUCUUCAGGGAACUGCGUAAGGUUAUCAAAAUGACGGAAGGAUUUGGCAAAGUCUCCAUCAUCCUUGGAAUACCGCCACAGCAAAAGAUUAAUGAUUUGCUAUUCCUGCAGAAGGAGCCUGUGGACAUGAUUAUAUUCAUGGGCCAUUACCAGCCAGGUAGUGAGCCAUGCCGUGUUAUGCAUCCUUCCAGUUUGUCGAAAACAACGAGCACAUUAUCCAGUCUGGUUGAAACCACGCAGGUCACAAAGACCCUUUCCAGCAAGUUGAAUAUCACAACAGCAGUUUGCGUCUCUGUGAACUUGGCUGUGUUGACAUUUACUCUUGGAAGCACAACGAAGUUUAAGCUGGGCACUCAAUGCUUGCAGGAGACUGUGAGCAGUUAUGCUGAGGUCUGCCCAUCACAGAGUGAUCCAGAUAUAUUCUACGACAGUGCUCUAUCCUGUUACAAGCAAAACUCAACACACGUGCAGACAUUUGAAAAUGAAGGCACAUUGGAAAUGAAGGUUGAGUUCCUCAAGAAGCAUAUACCCACUCCUUGUGUGGCAGCCUUCCACACAGAGUACGAGGACACAGAAGCAGUUUGCCCAAACAGAGUGGCCUUUUCACGUAUUGCAGCCCUUAGGGAGAGUUUAGAUGCACCACUGGGCCAUGAAAGCUCCAACAGGACUCGAUCAGCAAACACAAGCAUGCCUGCGAAUCCGGGCCCAUCAGAAACUCUGCUCUGUGUGUUCUCCGAACGUACUGUGGAGCCGAUUUCUCUGCCAUAUGGGCUGUGCACUCACAUCAUCUACACAGGCCUAAAUUAUGUACCUGGAAGCAAGCAAAUUGGUCCUCUUAAUGAGUAUGCCUUCAAGAGUUUCCUUGAACUAAGGAAACAUGCACGACUGCUAACUGCUGUUCCAUUCGACACAGUAUCAGACCUGACAAAUCCUCCAGAUGUAGAGUCUUUCUCCAAUGUCAUCUCUUCCUGGUUGACGAAAAAUGAUCUUAUGGGUCUUGCCUUGUUUUCAACUCUCAACACAAAUUUUGAGCAAGUACACACUGUCACCAAGGUGCUUCGCUGGCAGUUCAUGAACUUGAAGUUAAAGCAUCUGCAACUGAUCUUUGGUGCCCCCAUUCAUGUCAUCACCCCAACACUCAUCCGUAUUGCCGAUAUUGUGAACUAUCUCGUGUUCAUUCAUCAUGAUCCAGUACACCAGUCUUGUCGUCUGGAGACAAUGCUGACAAAGCAGCUUGGAAAACGUGAACUGGUGGAGACAAUAAAUCUGGCAAAGAAAGUGACACUGGAGGUGCCAUCAGCCACAUUAUGCUUGUCACUCAGCCUGGCAGUAGUGAAUACACCAAUGACACCAGGAGGCCAGCAGGAACUAGUUCCAUGUGGCAACAAGACACUCUCUACUUACGACAAGGUGUGCUCCAUGAACCAAACAUCUACGAUUGUAGGGAAAGAUUUUGCUGGCAUGUAUCAACAAAGUGACAAUGCAACAUUGUACUUCGAAAAUGAAGAGUCUCUUCUUGAAAAGGUCUAUGCUGCUAAGAAGCUUUACCCACUGAAAUGUAUCGCAACUUUCCACACCGACUAUGAAGAUGUGAAGGGACAUUGUAAAACAAAGACACCAUUUUCUCGGCUUAAGCAAAUUUCAAGGGCAUUGGGUUACCAUGCGACAAGGGAAGAAGUAGUUCCUGUGGUGGAAGCUAGAAAUGGAACAUCGAAUGCCUCUCGGUCCCUUGUUUGUGUGAUCACUGACAACUACCCAGACUUUGACAAAUUUCCAGUGGAGUACUGUGAUUACCUGUUAUAUUUUGACCCCAAUGUGAGGUUCAGGAAGAAUUCUUUUCGUGACUUCAUGGGUGGCACAUUUGAAACAUUUUUGCGCUAUAAGUCUCGACCCAACCUGCAGGCAGUUAUUGGAUUUCUGGUAACCAAUGAUACCUGGAAACUUUUGCUCUCAGACAGCAUAAGCUAUGCUGCGAACUUGGGUGCCUGGCUGCAAGAGAAGGGAUUGGGCAGUUUGGCAUUUCUGAUGCCCGAUGUAACAGAUGCGAUCACAGAACAUCUGCUUCUCUUUGCAAAUCUGUUCAAGAAGAAUUAUCCUGAUCUGAAGCUUGUGCUUGCUUCUCCCGUGACUGAAAAACCUACUGCUUUGCUUCCAUUUGUUGAGGUUGUGGACAUGCUGAUAUUCAUGACGCACCGCAAGUCACCAGAAUCUCCAUGCAGAAUAACAUUACCAUCCACACGAUCAAUCCUUCAGGAUGAGAAUAAUGACUUGGCGGCAUCAGCUCUUUUUAUGCAAGCCUUUGUGGACAAGAAACAUCAGCCAAUGAUGUGUUUCUCACUUAACUUUGCAACGCUGAGGUUUGUUGUGAAAGACAACAGAACUGAAUUCGGUGCUCCAUGUGAAAAAGAAACCUGGGUCAACUACUAUGAGACAUGUCCUCGCUCUGGAAUCUUUGAAGGCUUCUUCACUGGAUUCAAGACCGUGGUGCAGUUUUCAGACAAGACAGUUUGGACGUAUGAGGACGAACACACGGUGUCCUGGAAACUGCUGUCCUAUCUGCAGUCCAACCCAAUGACGUGUGUAGCCGCUUUCAACCUUGACUAUGAAGACCGAAGAGGCGUUUGUCGGCAGCCUUACUCCAGGCUUGCCAGGCUCAGCAAUGCUCUUGACAAACUCCACACUGAAGAGUCAUACAAAGUAUCACAAACCAAGGACAUGCUUGUCAAGCCAGCUACUUCUGAAAUUUCGACCAAGCCUGGUGUAUUUACAGCCAAACGUGAACUUGUCGCAACUACAGCCAUCCCCAACAAGGAAUCUGCCGCCAGUGCAGAUCGCACGGCUGUGAUAAACCCUGCUGACCGAGGACGUAUUGGAAUCCAAAAUACAAGUGGUUCAUUGGUUUGCAUUCUAUCAACUGCCCCAGAAGGAUUUCCAUAUGACCUGUGCACACACUUAAUCUUCAAGGACAUCUCCUACGACUCAAACAAGAACAUUAUCAAGGCUGUAAAAGCGACUGAGCUCCUGGCAUUCUUACGUGUGGCAAGAAAAUCAUCAGCCACCAUGGCCAUCUUAGUAAAUGCAGCAGAAAGUGGCCUUAUGGAGCCCUCACAUGCAAAUGUCGUUAAGAGAUUUGCACAAAGCUUGAGCAUGUGGCUUCGUGAAAGAGCAGUACAGGGUGCAGCCCUAUUUUCAUCCCUUUAUGCUGACAUCAAAGCCUAUGAUUAUGUGGUGCUGACAGUUUGGCGCCAUUUUCAAGCUCGGGCUUCUUCGAGACUCAAGCUUAUAGCUGGAAUCUACUUUGAGCACUUCAAGUCUGCUUCAUCUUUACGAUCAUUGAGCAGGAACUCUGACCUGCUUCUUUUGCUCACACAUCGGAUUACUGAGCCUGAUACAUGCAAUGUUGAAUAUCCCUUGCUUUUCUACUUCACAAGGCAUGAUUACAAGUUCUUGAAAUCAGUGUGUGACAAAGCACGUUGCUCAGUCUGCCUUUCGUUGAACCUUGCGGUCACAACAUCUGCAGUGAUCCACAACAAGUUCCGGCUUGGUGAUGUGUGCAGACAACACAGCAUCGAAGGAUAUGACCAGAUUUGUCUAGUCUCUGGCCAUGUGGAGAGAGAUCUUGACUGGGACAUUGCGCUGAGGAAGAAUGCCAGUCAUUUGCAGGCCUUUGAAGAUGACACCAGCCUUACCCACAGAGUUACAUCAUUUUUCGAUGUACAUCCAACAAGCUGUGUGGCUGCUUUUCAAGCUGACCUUGAAGACCUCUCUGGUAAAUGCCCAGGUCAGCCAAAAUAUUCAAGACUUCUAACACUAGCAAAACUGGUUGGGAGGGACACAGAAACACUGUUGGGGAAAACACACUCAAGAGGGCGCAGUGGGGGCAAGACGCUCACUCUAGAAAAAAGGCCUUUCAUUUGUGUCUUCAGAAAGCAACACAUCUCUGCUGAAUUUCCAAAAAGCCUUUGCACACAUCUGGUGUACUUGAGUGUUACCUAUGACAUGUACAAGAAGAAGCUCUACGAAGGAAAGGACCUGGAUUUGUUCCUACAGCUGCGUGGCCCUGCUGCUGCAAUUGUGGCUUUAGAAAGCUCAGUGGCCAACAUGCUGCAGGCAGGAAAGCAUGAGCACAUGGACCCUUUCCUCCAGAUCAUGAGCAACUUUGUCCAAGAUCGUCAUGUAGAUGGCCUUGCCCUAAUUUCUAGCCUGGUUACCGACAUGAGCAACUUUGUUGACCUUGCAAAGCGAAUACAGAGUCAUUUUGAAAACAGUCAUACUGAACAAAAGUGGCAGCUUGUCUUGGGCAUUCAACUGCAGGCAAUUAAUCAGAGCAUCGUUGACAGUCUCACAGGGUUGUGUGACAUAUUAAUAUUUGUGAACCACCCCAUCAUUGAGCCUGCAUCUUGCAAGUUGUCUCGGCCCUCAAAUAUACCUAUCACAAAGCACCACCGCAUGAUUAUGCAAAAGGUUGGUGAAAGCCCAUCGGGGAAGACGCUGCCUUGCAUAUCAGUCAGCUUGGCUGUCCAUGACUACAGACUCCGCUCUUCCCAUGAAAGGUUUAUGGAUGACUGCAUUCAUGCAAAGUGGGUCAGCUAUGACCAGACAUGCCCUUCAAAAAUUGGCUCGGUGGAAAAGGAUCAAGAGUGGGGAGCAGCUUACUUGAAGAAAAACACAACAAUGCUCGUCUUUGAGGAUGAAAACACUAUCACUGAUAAGGUGGCAGCAUUUCUAGAGGAAUGCCCGUUUGGAUGUGUUGCUGCUUUUCAUGUUGAGUAUGAGGACUUUUCGGGCCGGUGCAUCGCAAGAGAAAGGUAUUCAAGGCUUCAAUCUAUUGCCAAGGCCCUUCAGCACAAGAAGGUUCCAAGUCAGGAAAAUUAUGUGCCUAGUGAUGAAAAUGACUUGCCUGUCCCGGAAAGUGUGUGUGAGCAAGGUGGAAUUAAAGAAGAAUGCCAUAAGAGAAUGCUGGUGUGCUUGUUGUCCAUGAAGGCCAAACACACAGUUCUGGUUGGCCAGCAUUGCAGCCAUGUUGUCUUCAUGGAAGCCACAUUCAGCAACCAGUCAAGGACAUUCUCGGUACCAGAACAAAGCUUCAAAAAUUUUCUUUCUAUUGAAGACAGCAAACACUUGGUGGCUUUGUCUCCUUCUGUGGCCUCAAAGCAAGCAUUCGAGUCAAAACAGAAAAAACAUAUCCUCAAAGCUGUGAGAAAACUUGUGUUUCUUCACUCGAAACUGGAUGGAGUGGCAUUAUUUUCUACGGCGCAGACUCAAAUGGAGCUUCUGGUUAGGUUUUUCACUGAUGUGAAGGAAGAUCUGCAUAAAAAUAAUGUCACCAAAAUUCUCUUGGCUGGGCUUUCAUAUAGCCAUGCUGCUGCUUAUUUGAGCCGCUUACAAGGGAUAUGUGAGAUUAUUGUGUUUAUGACACACCACUACACAAUUCCAGGGCAAUGUCAGAUUUCUCCUCCAAACCCAUACAUCUUAACUGCUGAUGACAUCUUGCAAAUGAAAAAAGCAACAGAGCCAGCUCAUGGAAUGUCAGCAACAACGUGUGUUUCAAUCAGCCUUGCAGUGCGGUCAUUCAAAGUAGCAGGCAAUAAUGAAGUCAGUAGUGCUUGCAAACAGGAAACAUGGUCCAACUAUGCUCAGGUCUGCCCUUCGAAAAACACUACAUUUCACAACUUGCGAAAUGUGUCAGUAUUUUGGAGGAACAACACUUACAUGUUUACAUUUGAGAAUGAAGGCACUUUGACUCAAAAGGUUUCUCGCUUUUUGGCCUUGCAUCCUGAGGGUUGUGUGCUUUUGUUUGAGGCUGACAAGGAUGAUAUUGAUGGGCAAUGUUCCUCAUGGGAACCUGCUCCACGAAUCAAGGUUGUCAGCCGGCUGCUUUUCUACGUGCCAACAGUGUCAGGAAGGAAAACCAACAACCAUUCUGUGGUGGCAGCGGAAGAUGGGCUUAAAACAGAACCAAGUGGAUCUGAGGGUCCCAAAGAACAUAGUGCAAGGGUACCUAAUCAUUUCACAAAGUCUGCUACUAAAGCUGUGCUUAUCUGCACAUUCAAGUCGGAUCUAGCAGCCAUAAAGAUUGCACAGGAGCAAUGCACACACUUGGUGUACAUGGAUGUUGAGUACAACAUUCAGGGCCAGCUGUCUGUAAAGAACCGCACGUCAUUUGAAGACUUUCUUUCUUCUAAGUUGACCAUAAGGCAGCUGCUUUUUGUAGGCUUGCCUCCAGUUGUGAUUGAUCGUCUUGACAGGGAAGACAAAAUCAACUCAUUUGUUACACAUGGGACAACUUUCCUCGAUGACAAUGCACUUGAUGGCUUUAUGCUGUUUACUUCUACAUCCACAAAGCCUGCAAUGUUGCAGCAGGUAGCACAAGCUACAGUAGAACAGUUCAGGGAGCACAGCCGUCCUUCACACCUCUUGAUCCUCGCUGUACAUGUUGGGAUUGCUGUGGACUUAGAACGCCUUAGGAAGGUAUCUGAUAUCCUAGUUUUGUUGGCACACUCAUAUGAGCCUCCAAAGGAUUGCAUGGUUGAGUACCCCUCCGAGACGACGUCAACUGAAAAGAUGUUUCAACUUUUGGAGAAGCUGUUGGCAAGAGCAAAAGAAAAGCACACAUUAGCAGCCUGUAUGUCAAUCAACUUGGCUGUGCGGUACUUUGAAGUAGAGCCUGGCAAUGAAGUGCCAGGUAGCAAGUGCAAAUUGGAGCACUGGGAAAAUUACGCCCAGACUUGCCCAAACCUUAAGAUUCACACACAGAGAGGCAACCAAAAUGUUGCUGCAUACCGAAGAAAUGGUUCUAGUUUCCUGACAUUCGAAGAUGAAGAAACUGUUUCGAUCAAGGUGCUUCGCUACUUACAUGGCAACCCGGCACCUUGCAUAGCUGCUUUCCGAAUGGAUGCUGAGGACUCAUGUGGGGCAUGCGCAGCACGUGAAAAAGCUUCACGCCUUAUGGCCAUUUCAAGGCUUCUCUCUCCUGCUACUGAGUGCAUAUCGACCACCAACGGAAUGCGUACAGCACCACCUUCUGUUGCAACUGAGUCAGAUCAAACAGCUGAGAGUGAACAUUUAUCAGAAACUCCCACGGUUACUUCACUCACAGCAGCACCACCUUCUGUAGCAACCCCAUCGGAUAGAACAAGCAAGCGUGAAGGUACAUCAACAAGUCCCAUGGGUAGUUCACCCAUGGCAGUCCACACUGCCAUGGUGACUAGACCUAGCCCGUCAUCAACAGGCCCUACAGCAAUCACUCAUGGGCCUUCAUUCCAUCAGAGAGAAAGGGCUCUUUUGUGCAUUUCUGCAACACCAGCAUCCAACAAGGAGCUCCUUGUGCGUCUUUGCACUCACAUUAUCGUGGUACGACCAGGCAAGAUGUUAUUUAAGGCUGCUCGCAACUUCAGGGAUGGUGAUGAACUUGGUCAUUCUGGCAAUACUGAGCUGCUGCUUUCAAGAAGCGUGGUCCAUGACAUUUCCAGUUAUGAUCCUCUCUUUAGCAGAGUGAUGCUAGUGGCACUCAUUACUGUGAAGAUGGACGGCUAUGCACUGUUCGUCAGCUCAAAUACAAGUGCCGAUAUUUUGUUGAAGACUGCAAUGGAAAUGUGGAAGUUGUUCAAAAAGAAUAAACACCAAAAAGAAUUUACUUUGGUGGUUGGAGCGCAGCAUGCAACAUUGAAUAAAGUUAUAUCUGAGCUUGGCAAGUAUUCUGACUAUGUGGUUGUUCUCCCGGACAGUCUUGAAAAACAUUCCAAGUGUUUGAUGAACAGUUCAUUGUACUUCAAAUAUGAUGAUCCUGUGCUGCUGGACGAGGUAAUGAAAGGCAGUGGGGCCACUGCAAUGCUGGCUGUAUCGGUGUUUCUUCCUGUGAUAAGUUAUGACAUCUCUAAAGGGCACAGUGAUCCUGGUGAUUCCUGCAUAGAAGAGGAUUGGCAUGGCUAUGCAGUGACAUGCUUUGGCUAUGGAUUCUACAAAGAAGAAAGGUCAGUACAUGGACCUGUGAGCCUGCGUAAUCCCGCUCAGCUCAUGGUCUAUGAAGAUGAAAUGACUAUAGCAGAACGAAUCACUAGCGUCUCAAUAACGAACCCGAACAUAUCUGUAGCAGCAUUUUACGUUGGUGCUGAGGACCUGGUUGGAAGUUGUGCAAACAGAGAGCCAGCAUCCAGACUGGCUUACAUCUCUCGACUCAUCACAAAGAAAACUGCAAACGUGACAACAUCGACACGCAGUCCACGAGUCAAGCAUAGGACAGCUGGACCUCCAGACUCCCUCAUGUGCGUUUAUUCAAAGGAAAUCAGGUUUCCAGAUCUUUUGACACAAGUAUGUGAUUAUGUCAUUUACAUGAACAUUGAACUGACUGAAAGUACCAGAGAAGUGAAAGUUCGGCUUGAUCUGGGUUAUGACCAGCUUGUUGCUCUGGACAGAGACAGGGUGAAAGGAUUGUUGUUUGCACCAGAGCCUCAUGCUGUGAAGAGUCUCAUGCGAUUUGAAGAUUUUCAACUUGAAGAUCACCUUCAGCUACUUAGAAACAAGAUAAAGCUGGCCAAUAUAUCUGGGCUGGCCUUCUUCUUCCCCGACGUCCCAAUGGCUGAAGCCUAUGGUCUGUACGAGAAAGUAUGGCAGUUCUUCAGCCCAGCUGCGAAUCAUGUCAUGCUUCUUGUUGGGUUGACAAGUGUGAAUGAUUUACAACAGCUACUCAAGUUUGCAAAAAAAUGUGAUGUGCUGGUCCUUGUGAAGCAUCAUUACUCUGUGCCAUCAAAAUGUGUCAUCACCGAUCCUUUCUUGAAGCCAAUUGAACAACAAGAUUAUGAAAAUUUAGCGGCACUGACACGGGAGUCUGACUUUGAGACAGCAGUUGGUCUGUCUCUGCCUAUGGCUGUGGCUGAGUACCACCUAAACAGCACUGCAUACACCAUUGGUUCUUCUUGCGACGGGGAACGCUGGAUAGGCUAUGCCAAUACAUGCCCUAAUCCAAAAAUGCAGACGGAAUAUGACACCAAGUAUGCCAAAUCGAUACAGAGAAAUGGCUCUAUGAUAUAUUCAUUUCAAGAUGAAAGAGUCGUGGUAGAGCAGGUGAUCAUGUUUAUGAAGAAACUCAAGCAGGGCUGCUUUACUGCUUUCUACGUGGAGUACGAAGACUGGACAGGGGAUUGCAGUGCUAGACAGCCUGUUACGAGACUUAAAAUGAUAUCUUCACAACUCAACAGAACAGCAGAUGCAGUGAGCGCACAGUCUGACAGAACCACACCAGUGCACGUGGAGAACACAACUGCACCAGUGCCUGUGGGGAACACAACCACACCAGUGUACGUGGAGAACACAACCACACCAAUGCAGGUGGAGUACACGACCACACCAGUGCAAGUGGAGCACACCAGCACAGCAGCGCACAUGGAGUACACAACCACACCAGUGCAUGGGGAGCACACAAUACGAAAACACCCGCAGUCACAGAAACCAAAUCAGAAGCGAGAAGAACGGCCAAUGAAAAGAGAACAAAACACCAAAGGAGUGUUCAUCAUCUGUUUGUUUUCUCGUCGGCUCCCCAACUUGCCCCUUGUGGCACAAAUGUGCCCCUACAUGGCUUACAUGGGCCUUAUGCACCACGCCAGCAAUGAUCGCUUCUACAUAAAUGAUGAUGCUGCCCUGUACCAGUUCCUGACCCUCAAGCAGUACAAUGUUCAACACCUCAUUAUUGCAACUGCCCCCAUGCAUUCGCACUUGCUGACACAGCUACGUGAGACCUUUUUAGAAGAUGGUGUAUCUCGCCUAAUGUACAGCAUCUCUGAGGAUCAGCCGUUUGAAUCCCUUCAUGGAGUGAUGCUACUUGCCACGUCAGUGGUUCAUUUGGAUAGCCUCUAUGAUGUAUCAUUGGACAUUCGAAACUACCUCCACACAAAAAUGCAUCUGAAACUAUAUCUUGCUGUUCAGAGUGUGGGCUAUAACACAAGUUUUGAUCCUUUUCUCAAGUUGAAGAGCUCAUGUGACCGGCUAAUCCUAUUUACCAAUCCUUAUGUACCAUCUCCUCAUUGUAAAAUUAUGCCAAUCACCUAUCAAGACUUGGACAUGCUCGACAAGACAUUCUUUAAAAGCAAAAAGGAAAGUGAAUUUGUUCCAUGCAUCACACUGAAUUUGGCAGUUCGCCGAUAUGAGCUAGCAAGUGGUAGUUCUGACUUUGGUCAAGACUGUGCCAAGGAACACUGGGAAAAGUUUUCAGCAACCUGUCCUGAUGAGCCUGGGGAAAGGGGAUAUACUGCAACCUCAGCAUAUUUGAAGACCAGCAAGAAUGUGCUUGUUUUUGAAGAUGAGACCAGCAUAGAAAAAAAGCUAUCUAAAUUCCAGCAGAUCAACCCUAGCAUGUGUGUGAUGGCCACUGCUAUUGAAAGGGAGGACUGGAAUAAUGAGUGCUCUGCUCGACCUGCUGCCUCCAGGAUGCUUGCUAUUGCCAAGUAUGGGGGUACAGAAACUGUGCCACAUACUUUGCUGACAAAUGGUAUCUUGAUAUGUGUGGUGGACAGGGCACCACUUAUCAAGAUGUUGCCUGGAGGCCUCUGCACUCAUCUGGUGUACUCUAGUGUACUAUAUCGUCUCAGCAGUGAACACACUUUUGUUGCUGGAGAUGGUACAGCAUUUUAUGCAGCUUCCAACCUUGCACUGAAGAGUGGAAUGCAUUUCCUUAGUGAAAUAGACCUCAUCAGUUUCUUCAAUAUUAACGUGGACCAUGCAUUUGCUGGUUUCUUGGCGUCAAGCACAAAAUGGGUCCAAGAAACUCAUCAAAAUGGUCUAGCCUUUAUGAAUAUUCCAAACAAAACUGACAACGUGAAGUUUGAAUCAAUAAUCAAGAAAACAUGGGAACAUAUUUUAACCCACAAAUUGCAGCAAAUGCUUCUUGUUGGCAUAGACUACAGAACGGAAGCCAGCGCUGCACUGGUGAAAUCACUUUCUGGGAAAUGCACAUUCAUGGUGUUCAUCACACAUCCCAGAAAAAGCUGUUGCGAAGGACCUUGCAAAGUAAAUUAUCCAUCAAGACCCCAAACAGAUGAAGACAGCAAUGUCAUGCAAAAGAUUGAGCUUGGCUCCGGCUUCGCAACUACACCGUGCAUCUCAUUCAGCAUGGCUGUCAGAGUGUUUCAUGGUGUGAACAACACUACCUGUCAUCGAGAAGAAUGGACAAGCUACAAUCAGGUGUGUAAUAAAGCUCAAGUGUCAGACCAAGGCAGCUUUGGCAGUCUCUCCAGUGAUGGAAAUGUGUUCAUGUUUGAGACUCCUGCAUCCAUCAAAGAUAGGAUCUUGAGGGUGUCUUCCAAGGUGAAGGUGAUGUGUGCGGCUGUCUUCGAUCUCGACUUGGAGGACACCAAUGGCUCCUGUGCCUCUGGAGCUGUUGCCUUUCCUCGGUUGCAGGACAUUCAACAAGAGAUUACCGAAACAAGGGAAACAAAAAGUGAAGAAAUGGCACCUCCGGAAGGGGAAGAAAUCACGCACACUGAGCACAUGACUGAAAGCACUGAAACAGAAGAGACAGCUGGUCACACUGGGAGUUCGCAAGGGCAUCAAACAGGCCAGGAUACUACUGAAAGUGAAGAAAUCACACACACUGAGCGCAUGACUGAAAGCACUGAAACAGGAGAUACAGCUGGUCAUACUGAAUCAAAGGCAACAAAAAGUGAGGAAAUGACACCUACAGAAAGGGAAGAAAUCACACACACUGAGCGCAUGACGGAAAGCACUGAAACAGGAGAUACAGCUGGUCAUACUGAAUCAAAGGGAACAAAAAGUGAGGAAAUGACACCUACAGAAAGGGAAGAAAUCACACACACUGAGCGCAUGACGGAAAGCACUGAAACAGGAGAUACAGCUGGUCAUACAGAAUCAAGAGGAACAAAAAGUGAAGAAAUCACUCAUACUGAGCGCAUGACUGCAAACACUGAAACAGGAGAGGCAGCUGGUCAUACUGAGAUUGAAGAAGUGACGCACAGUAAUGAGAUUACUGAUACCAAAAGCAGUAUGGAGAUGACAACAAGUGGAAAGCCAGUCCCAUCUUCGAGACAGAGUUCAACAGAGCGCCAAACAGGGACUCUGUGGUCGCAGCAAACUUCUGAAACGCAAAUUGGUGGUUUUACAAAACCAACACCUUGGUGGAAAAAAUCAAGGGGAACAAAAAGUGAGGAAAUGACACCUACAGAAAGGGAAGAAAUCACACACGCUGAGCACAUGACUGAAAGCACUGAAGCAGGAGAUACAGCUGGUCAUACAGAAUCAAGAGGAACAAAAAGUGAAGAAAUCACUCAUACUGAGCGCAUGACUGCAAACACUGAAACAGGAGAGGCAGCUGGUCGUACUGAGAUUGAAGAAGUGACGCACAGUAAUGAGAUUACUGAUACCAAAAGCAGUAUGGAGAUGACAACAAGUGGGAAGCCAGUCCCAUCUUCGAGACGGACUCCGUGGUGGCAGCAAACUUCUAAAACGCAAAUUGGUGGUUUCACAAAACCAACACCUUGGUGGAAAAAAUCAAGGGGAACAAAAAGUGAGGAAAUGACACCUACAGAAAGGGAAGAAAUCACACACACUGAGCGCAUGACGGAAAGCGCUGAAACAGGAGAUACAGCUGGUCAUACUGAAAUUGAAGAAGUGACACACAGUAAUGAGAUUACUGAUACUGGAAGCAGCUAUAAGACGAUGACGAGCGGGAAGCAAGUCCCUUCUUCAAAACGUGUUCUGCUGUGUAUAACAGCUUCAACAAACAUUGGAAAUCUUUUGCAACUUGACCUCUGUACUGGACUUAUCUACUCUGUUGUCAGCUAUGACAUAGAAAUGCAGAAUUUCGACCUGAAAAAUGAUGACAUCAAUAAACUACAAAAGUUGCGAAAGGGAAGUGUUCCAUUUAUAGCAACUGAAGUGGACACACGUGGAGUUGUGACGUCCAAGGUCCGACGCAUUGUGACUGAUUUCAUUACCAAAACUGAAGAGUUCCUUGAAACAAACAACCUUGAUGGCAUUGCAUUUUCGGCAGCCCAUCAAGACGCCAUAGAAGUUGAGCCAUUUGCAACAGAGUUUUGGAACCUCUCAACGAAAUUCAAGCAACAACCACUGGUGAUCAUAAUACUUGAAUUUGAAAAAGUUCGUGACUCCCAGGUGUUAGCAUCCACUUUGACAGGAAAAUGUCAGUACUUGAUUCUCAGGAAGCAUGAUUUAAAGCCAAGCAGCAGUUGUGCUCCCAGAUUUCCCAACAGGCCUUUAGAAAAGGCUGAAGAAAUAGAAAUGAAAUACUUAGAGCAACGCUCAAGAAACAGGACCAGCAUUUGUUUAUCAUUUACACUUGCUGUCCUCAACUUUCAUGGCGUUAAGAAACAAGGUCGUGGGAAAGUUUGUGAAAAGGAGCUUUGGGUAGGAUAUGACAAGGUUUGCCACUUGAAGAAGUUGCCCUCUGCCACUGCCUAUGAGCUGAAGCAGAAGGACAAUGGGACUGAGAUCUUCAGCUUCGAAGCAGAACGAGCAAUGCAUGAAAAGGUAUUGAAAGUGGCUGGGCAAGUUCAAACUGUGUGUGCUGCAGCAUUUGAUGUCGAGUUUGAAGAUGUGGAAGGAAAGUGCCCAUCAUUGGGUGGACCAUUUUCAAGGCUGCACACUUUGAAAUCUGAACUCCAAAAAGAAUCGCCUAUUUCACCACCUCCUCAAACUCAUGUUUCAGCAACACCAACAGCAAGAACACCACCUGUUCGUGGCACCACUCGCAGCCUCAUCUGUCUUACCAAUGAGGCAGUUGGUGUUGUGAAAUAUCUGACAAGAAAUCUAUGUGACUAUGUCAUCUAUAGCUUUGUGAAGUACAAUGAUGCUGACCAUAAAUUUGUGCCCAGAGAUGAUAAUGACUUUAAAAAUUUUAUUUCACAUAACACUGAUCGAGCACCUUAUUUUAUUGCUGAGGUGGACUCAUUCAGCAUUGAUAUGCUGCAUGAAGCUGAUAUGGGCCAGUUUAUGAAAAUCCUGGAUGCAUGGAUUGAUGAAAAUAGACUGAAAGGAAUUGCCCUGUUUUCUCAAGGUCACCAGAAUGACCUGAACAAUCUAAUGACCAUAGUCCAGGAUGUCUACACACACUUUCAGAACACCGAUAAAAGCCUAAAACUGGUAGUCGGAGUCGACCAUAUUACCCCAUUUGAGACACGCAUUCCUCGUGAAUUCACUGGGUACUGUGACUUCUUGAUUUUGAUGGCACAUCCACGUGAGCCACCUGUAGUCUGUGCCGUGGACUUCCCAUCUCGUGCUUAUGAGGAAGCAGACUACAAAUUUGCUUUCCAGCUGUGGUGGGAAUCAAGGAGUCAAACCACUGCCUGCUUUUCUAUCAACUUGGCUGUGCGAUCAUUUUUCAUAGCCAAGAGAAGAGAGACAGAAGUUUGUAUCAAAGAAACUCUGCAGAAGUAUGCUAUGACUUGCAAUGCUACAUUCGACCACCCACUAAAGAAUAGGACUCGGACUGAAGUCAAGUACAUGCCUGGAAAACAUCAAGUUGUGUCAUAUGAAGGAACAUCAUCACUAGAACACAUGAUGUCAAUCUUGGACAAAAAAGUGGAUGACCUCUGUGUUGCAGCCUUUCGUGUGGACUUAGAAGACACAAAAAAAGAAUGUGCAACAACUGAAGAGCCUCUGCCACGGCUAUCUUUGAUCAGAAAUCUUUUGCACCCAAAAAAUGCCACGAAUGAGAGUGCAGAGGCUUCUACAGGAGCUUCAGUGCCUGCAAGCCAGAAGCGUCACAGUGCAAAGAAACAUGCUCUCAUUUGUGUGACCGCAUCUGCAGAUACACUGCCCUUCCUCAGUGAUCCUCUCUGUACUCAUCUUGUCUAUUCAUCGGUGUCCUAUGACAAGAAAGGCCAUGCAUACAUUCCUGCAAAUGAAAAGGCUUUCCGGAACUUUUUUGCAAUCAGGAAGGAAGGGAGUCCUCUACUUCUGGCUGAAGUUGAUAGCUGCAGCAUCGAUUCAUCAAGAAAAAGCACUGCACAUCAGAAUGCUCCUCAGAAACUUGCUGACUGGGUUCAUACCACUGAUCUGAAUGGUGUUGCAAUUUUUAUGAAGGCUGAUGUGAAUGGGACUGAUGAGUGGAUUGAUGAGUGGGCUGACUUAGUAGAUAGACUGUCAAAACAGUUUCAUAUAGACCAAGCAGGACUCGUGCUUGUAAUUGGCAUAGAUCUGAGAAGUCCAUACAGCACUGCACUGAGUAAAGCAUUCACUGGCAAAGCAGACUAUUUAGUUCUUAUCACCAAUAUCAGGCAGCCAGUAGUACCCUGCAAAGUGGGCUUUCCUUCCAGACCUCACAGUGAAAGCGACACUGCAUGGAUGAGCAAAAUUGUACUGCUGUCCAAAAAUGUGACUGUCCCCUGUGUCACAUUUAACCUUGCAGUUCGGAGAUUCCAUUUGGUGCAACCAGGGCAAAUUGGAGGUUUGUGUGACGAAGAACACUGGGUGGACUACUCGGAGACUUGCCGAACAGUGCAGAAGAAUGGUAACAAUCUCUAUGAAACUCGCUACACUUCUGACGAUACUGAAAUAUUUACAUAUGAAGGGAAGGUUUUCAUCCAGCACAAGAUGUCGCAUCUGACUGACUUUGAACCAGACUUCUGUGUAACAGUCUUUGAAAUAGACCGUGAGAAUCCCAGAGACAAUUGCCCAUCUGAAGGAGUACCCUUCUGGCGGUUACAUCUCAUCAGUGACUAUCUUUUGAACAUCGAAAAGAUAAAUCAUGAAAUGGAAUCCUCAUCAUCCAAACCUGAAGAAGUUACACUGGCGCCUGAAGUUAAGCCAGCAUUAAGAGAAAAACGGCAUGAUAUGACACCCAUAACCGAGACUGAACCCAAAGUUAUGGCACUAUCCACACCACAAGCGGAGACAAAGGAGCCAUUUGCUUCGACAAGUGAGGGCCAUGUCCACAAAAAGGCUCCAAGAUUCAGCCUAAUCUGUGUGGCCAGCAUGGUAGAUACAUUGCACUACCUUGUGGACGAAGUCUGCAACUAUGUUGUGUACUCCAGCAUUGCCUACAGAGAUAUAGGUCACAAGUUCGUGUCAGCAAAUGCUCGAGCUUUUCACAGCUUUCUGGCCCUGAAGAAGGGCAAUAUUUCAUCGUCGCUUCUGGCUGAAGUGAAUGCCCUAAAAGCUACAGGUGCCCUUGAGAAGGAAAACAACGCUGAGAGUUUCAUCCGUGCCCUUCUUAGCUGGAUGCGAAAAAAGAAACUCGAUGGGGUUGCAUUAUCUUAUGAUACAUUUGUGACUAAUGCAGAGACCUUCAAGAAUGUAGCUAAGAAAGUAUGGCAGCGUUUUCAAAAAAAUGCUGUAAGGCCCGUACUUGUCCUCAGUGUUAACUACAUGAAUAUUCAUGAAACCAGUUUAUCAGAUGAUCUCGCUGGUAAUUGUGACUUUUUAAUACUUAUGACACAUGUAAGAAGACCUCAGCACCCAUGUAAAGUUGACUCUCCAUCCAGGCUGCAUACCAUGGAAGACAGCGAUUACAUGGUUCGACUUCUAGAAGCAUCCAGGAAUGUGACAUCUCCUUGUAUUUCUAUGAACAUGGCAGUUCGGGAUUUCUUCAUUGGAAAAGCAGCUGUAGAGAAAGAAAAGUGCAAGGCUGAGAGUUGGCUGCGAUAUAAUGCAGUCUGUGGCAUUGAUACCGAAAGAACAGACAGCAUGUUUGAAGUUGCCCAUACAGAGAACGAAACAAAUCUCCUUACCUUUGAAAGCAAAGUGUCCAUUCAGCACAGGAUGUCAAAGCUACUGGGUGAAGUGCCAAACUUUUGUGUGGCUGCUUUCCGAGUGGAAAUGGAAGAUGCACAAAAUGAUUGUCCAAGUCUGGGGAAACCAUUUUCAAGGCUGCUGUAUAUCAAGAGUCUUCUGGGCACAGCCAAAGAAGCGUAUAAACUGCGACGAAGUGUCCCACUUAAAGGAAGACGAAAAGCUGAGCAUGAUGCCUCACGAAGUAUCAUCUGCAUACAUGAUUCUUCUGGGCCUACUCUGAGGAAAGCUGUGAUGGCAUUAUGCAAUUAUAUCGUGUUUGCAUUUGUUCAUCUUGAUUUAGCUGGUGUACCAGUUUCAGGAAAAAUACUCGAAAGCUUUCUUGCUAUUACACGGCAAACCAAUACUCGGGCUGUGGCAGCUCUUGACCCUUAUUUUAUUGAUGCCUUGAACACUGGAGACACGAGGUUCUUGCGACCACUAUCCAUAAAGCUAAGACGUUGGGCAAGUGAAAAAAAUUUGGCUGGCCUGGCUUUGGUUCCUCUGAUUUCAACCGACAUACGUACAGUGGCAGAACUUUCAAAUGCAAUUUGGACUGCUUUUCAACACUCAUUGGAAGACCAUAAGAUUUUAAUGGUUGGUGUUCAUGCCUUUGAAGUUGAGGAACAUAUUUUGCAACAACUUGGCCGCACUUGUGACUUUCUUGUCUUCAUUAAUCAAGAAGUAAAGCCUGGGCCAGUAUGUCGCACACACUAUCCAGCUAUGAGGAGGCUGGUAUACCAGGACUUUGUGCGCAUGAAAAACAUUUCCAGUGAAGUAUCACAUAGCUGCCUUUCUGUCAAUCUGGCUGUGCUGGGCUUCCAUAUGGCACGGUCAUCUGACCAACAAGUGCGCAUUGGAGACCGCUGUGUUGAGCAGAAAUGGAGAAGUCUCUCUGAGGUCUGUCCAACAGGUAGCGAAGAAGAAACCAUUGAACCGGGUUUAGAGGGCUUGGUUCAGAGCAACAACACCUAUGUCAUGAUUUUUGAAACCAAACGAACAACUUAUGACAAGGUGGUCAAGUUUCUUCAAGCACACCCUGAUGGCUGCGUUGCUGUUUUUGGGUUCAAUUUUGAUGACCUUGAUGGCCACUGUUCGAAUGAGCAAGCUUUUCCACGUGUUCGCCUCAUAGCAGAUAUUAUGUCCAAGAACAAGAGUUCACUGUUUUCUACAGCGACAAAGUACAAAGAUGAGCAUGCAAAGGAACCAGAAUUCAAGCAUUCAUCUUUGCUGUGUGUGUUUUCGGAAUCUGCACAACUAACAGACAGCUUCCCUGGAGAGCUGUGCAACUACAUUGUGUUCCAGUCUGUUGAGUAUAUGUUAGCCCUGGACAGGGUUGCUAUCCGCAAUGCGGCCACUUUCAGAAAGUUCAAGCACCUUCCAAGGAACUCUGGAACGUGGAUGCUGGCUGCAAUGACCCAGUUCUCGUGGCUCAAAAGAGCAGCCACAAGGUCUGUUUUCACCAACCUGUUUGUGAAGGCAACAAAACACUGGGCCCUCCAGCAGAGGCUGCACGGCAUUGCCAUGUUCCCAGAAGUGUUAGUACCACCAAAGGUGUUCUUGGAGGUUGCAAAGAGAACAUACUGGGCAUUUAAGAAUAAGCCUAUGGCUUUGGGCCUUGUCGUUGGAGUUCCAGCAAAGGAGCGUCACCUGACAAUAUGGAAGAGGCUGAGCAGAUUCUCGGAUGUUAUAGUGUUUACCAUGCAUCGCUCAGCGCCAAAUGACUUCUGUCAAAUCAACUUUCCUUCUGUUGAACCCUUCAGUAGCAGGCACCUCGAAGAGAUGGCAACCAUAUCCCGAUAUGAACGACACCACGCCGUGGUUUGUAUGUCUGUAAACCUGGCUGUUCACCAUUUCCGAACGAGUACACAUGCACGUGUUGGAGACUAUUGCAUCCGUGAAGAGUGGGAGGACUAUUCACAGGCCUGUGCGAAGAUAAGUUCUAAAGCGACGGUAAACUGGGAAUGGUUGUCGGCCAUCUCUUCUAAUAUCACUGUCACACGCACAUUUGAAGUACCGAGGACACUUACAAUGAAAGCCAACCAGUUCUUGCAUCUGAAUCCCAAGGGGUGCUUAGCGGUGUUCAACGUGGAUUAUGACGAUCCGCAUGGCACAUGCCCUGAAAAGCAGCCAUUUCCCCGUCUUAGUACACUGGCCAACCUAAGGCAUGCUUCUGGUUCAAGGCAUAACGACUGAGACGUGACCAAUGGUUUUCCCACAGUUAAUAAAUGUGAUUUUGUUUCUGAAUAAAAGUGCACAUUGUAA